AUGGCUCAAGGCCCGGCUUAUUCAGGUCGGAAGUCCUCGGCGCCGUGGGACCGGCUACGGCCCGUCAAGCAGGAUCCUCUAGAAAGCAUGGGUUUUGUGUCCAAAGGCGACAACAGGCUUCUGGAUCCGAAAACACAGGAGACCUUUUACAACAAGAUUGUUGCUCGAUAUAUGCAGUUUUGCACACAACAUUCCAAGGACCUUGACAGCGCGUUCGCGUCUCUCACGCUCGACGAAGGCCGAUCCACUUCGGCUGAUCCAGCCCGCAGCCCUGCGCUACCAGCACCAGCCGCUAGCAUCGAACGACGUCCUCUACCUCCUCAGGUAAGCCUGCAGAUGGGAUCUCCUGCUUUUCAGGCUCGCCAGCCCAACGAAAUGUCUGUGCCAUCACCGUCGGCAGAGCUGUCCACGAUUCUAUUAGCGCUUCGAAAACUGAGAGAAGGAUUACUAGCAACGUCGGCCACAGCACCCUCGCCUGUAUUUUCGCAACGCGUCCACGUCUUCAACAUAAGAGCUGCCAUACUGGCUAGACACCCACCUGGAUACCAUGCUUCGCUCUUGCACUUGUUGUUUGUUCUACACACUCCGGCACAUCCACUCCCGACAUCGGAAUUGGUCGAGAUGACGACUUAUCUGAUCCUUGACACCGCACUACGACAGGACGACCUAUCCGAAGCGUACACUUUGAGGUACAACAGCAAGGUGAAGUUCGGAUAUAAGAGCAGGGCUGUUGACAGCAUACUGCAAGCCGUGGUCAUGGGUGACUGGGUCACGUUUUGGCACGUGCGGCAGAAGGUGGACGGCUACGUUCGAGGCCUCCUCUAUUGGUACAUCGAAACCCAACGCAAACUAGCACUCAAAGCCAUCGGCCGCGCGUAUUACACGUGCGACGUCAACUGGAUCAUCCAGAGCGCGACCGGAGGCGACUUCAGCUGGGACGAACUUGUCGAAGCAGAAGAUGUGGGCUGGGUGCGGGAGGGCGACAGGGUGAUCAUCCGCAAGCCGAAGUCCAAGUCCGCUAAGUGA